AUCACAUCAGCAAGUCAGCCAAGCUUGCUCCGGUUCUCGCCGACAUGGCAUUCAUCACGCGCCAGAACAUCAGGAGCCUCUCAUCUUCUGCGGCUCUACGCGCUGCAAUUAAACAUGUCACAGUUAUCGGAGGCGGGCUGAUGGGGGCUGGCAUCGCACAGGUUGCUGCAUCCACAGGACAUUCAGUGGUGCUGGUGGACACAUCUGAGGACAUACUGAAGAAAUCUACAAAGGGUAUUGAGGCUAGUCUGAAGAGAGUGGCGAAGAAGAAAUUUGCAGAAAAGCCUGAGGAUGGAGAGGCCUUCGUUCAGAAAGUCCUGAAGAACAUCUCUACUAGCACAGAUGCUGUGUCUGUAGUUCAGGGCACUGAUCUUGUGGUGGAAGCUAUUGUGGAAAACCUAAAAGUCAAACAAGAUCUGUUUGGAGCUCUGGACAAAGCGGCCCCAGAACACACUAUCUUCGCUAGCAACACGUCUUCCCUGCCAAUCGCAGACAUAGCCAGCUCCACGGCCAGAUUAGAUCGCUUUGGCGGUCUGCAUUUUUUCAACCCCGUCCCAAUGAUGAAGCUCGUGGAGGUGAUUAAAGCUCCAGCAACAAGCCAACAGACAUUUGAUGCUCUCCUUGAGUUUAGCAAAGCUUUGGGGAAGCAUCCCGUCUCAUGCAAAGAUACUCCAGGUUUUAUAGUGAAUCGUCUGCUGGUUCCUUACAUGCUCGAGGCUGUACGACUACACGAGAGAGGUCACGGUUCCAAGGAAGACAUUGAUGUGGCCAUGAAGCUAGGGGCCGGUUAUCCUAUGGGUCCGUUUGAGCUUCUGGACUAUGUUGGAUUGGACACUUCCAAGUUUAUUAUUGACGGUUGGCAUGAGAAGGACCCCGAUAACCCCCUGUUUGCCCCCAGUCCCCUGCUCAACAAACUGGUAGCAGAAGGCAAACUGGGCAAGAAAACCGGCGAGGGAUUCUACAAGCACAAGUAACACAAGAUUAAAUCAGACAACAAAAGCUGGGUCAACGAAAGGCACUGGACUGAGCCACUUGUCCUGAAAAGACUGUUUGAUUGUGAAUUUCAUAAAUGUAUACAGGUUAAGAUAGUAAUCAGAUACACCACUUUUCCCAGGGAAGUCCUGUAUGAAAUUACCGGACACAUGCAAAUUAGUUGGGACAUAAAAGGUCUUUAAGACAGGAAUGUCGUCCACUACAUCUAGUGCCUUGCUGUGUUUGGUAAAGACCUGCGUUCAUUAAUUCUGAAUGUCUGUGGCAUUAAAAGGUAUGAAAAUA